CACCAGCGACCAGGGAAGGGCUGCCGUUUCCUGUCAGCGGAGAUGUAGUCGAGUUUGUAACUCAGACUUCUUUGAGCGUGAGAGAGACUGAGGCACGAAACACCGAGAUGGCGAGCAAAACUACAGCAAAGUGCGACGAGAGAGAAAUGCGAGUGUGUGAAGGAGGAGAGUUGUUUGUUUUAUGUUAUUGAGCAAGACAAAGAUCAUCGAGGAACUGAAAACAAACAUACAGAGUACCGUUAUAACGCACAGAGCAUUGUCCUUGGAGUGGUGACAAUAUAUCUAUACCUAUAAACCUGGAAUAAAAUGAAAUUAUAUCGUGACAAAACUGUUAAUCAGGGAUUGGAAAGUGCUGGUGAAAAGUAACGUACCACCUCAGUUUGCCUUACAUCUGUCAGUGCGCACGGCAACGCACUUUCCUUCCAAGACCUACGCGCAGGGCAGCUGUGAAACUCCCUUUCUAGGCAGAUAUCCGUGAGCCUGAAAACGGGACUGUUGGAAGGCGUUUCGGAGACAGGUCACGGGCAGAAACACUUACCUGAGACUGCGCCGGUACCGCUACGUUCUUUCUUGUGUUGGACGACGAAUAUAUGUAUACAGAUCACAACAUGCAUUGUCUAUAUAACUGUUUUUCUUUUUCUCAUUUGGUGAUUUCUUUUUUUAUAGUUCUCAGUUAAACUAUAACAUUGGUGAUCAAUAAAGCUGUAACAAAUUAAGUGCUAUAUGUAUUAUUGAGAAGAGUUAAACAGACGCGUUUCUUAACCUGGGGGUGACGGUUAACGCUCAAGUAAAUAAUAGUACCCACUAAACUUAAAAAUUAUGUGUCUGGUUUAUUUGGUAAUUGUCGGCUCUGCCUGGACCAAGCUGCUAUUUUAAAACCUCGGGUUAGCAUAGCGUGUUAACAAUACACAGCCCCCUGCGAUUGUGUGUGGGGCACCUUGGUGUUUUCACUUCAGCUGCCGAGUUCACAGACUAACUUUAUCUGGCCUAUGAUUUGACUGUUAUCUGCUUAUUUGGGACUGUUGGUGCGUGUGGGCUGUAUAUACAUUUUUAAUUAUCGGCUCAAACGUGUAUGCGCAAUACUGUGGCAGCAACCCCCGGUCAUUUAAUAAAACACAGCGGGACUGUUGUGUGCUGGAGAUGCCCUUUGUCAUGGGAUGGGUGGAGGGGCAGACGGAGUCACAUUAGGACGCAAGGAGAGACACAAAGCAAAAAUUCAGUAAAGGACCCCAGUACUUCUCAGAAUCUGGGAACAGUGUGGGCGCGUCAAGUAACCAAUUGUUCUGUGGAAUUGAAGCAGAGAGAGGGAGUGCAAUCUCAAGUAAGCAAGUAAGUAGCAUUUUAUAAAGCACAAGAAGAGGAGGUUCCCCCAGCCGUGCACUGAUAAAGUAGAAGUUGUUCUUGGAGAGAGCACUGUCUGUCGUGCGUUACCACAAUGCGUUCUUGCUAGCGAACAGAAAGAUGAACAGAAGGCAGAAGAAACAGGAAAAUGCUGCUCCUGCCUUGGCACUGGGGAAAGCAUAUUUUGUCUUCAAUUUAUGUGUUUUGUUUAAAGUUAAUUGAAUAACCAGUGCGUUUUUGUAAUAUAUUUAUAUUACAAAGCGUGGUGCAUCUGAAAAGAAGUGAGUACAUGGACUGAAUUAUAUAUCAUAUAUAUAUAUAUCUGGUUGAUUGAUCAGUUUUAAGAAAACAAAACCCUAAACGACCAUCAGAUGUGUUAUGCACUUUUAAUUAAGAGUCUCAAAGAAUGAACCCAUUUGCGAGUCAGAAAUAAACCCAGACCCGGGAUUCCUUCUCUUUUAUUACUUGGAUUUAUCUUUGUGGAAUUGAACAAUUCACUGACAUGGAGGAGAAACUGCGAAUCCUUGAGGAUUUAAAUAUGAUCUACAUCCGCCAGAUCGCACUCAGCUUACAGGACAGCGAUAUCCAGAAGAAGAUCGACUAUGAGAUCCGCAUGCGGGACGGGGCGUGCAAGCUGUUGGCUGCCUGCUCGCAGAGGGAGCAGGCCCUGGAGGCUGCCAAGAACCUGGUGACCUGCAACGCGCGCAUCAUGGCGUACAUGGCGGAGCUGCAGAAGAUGAAGGAGGCCCAGGUGAUGCAGAGGAUGGCCCGGAGGCCCUCGGACGCUAGCCCCAUAGAUGACCGACUGCCAUGCAAAGGGAAAGUUGCAAUCUCAGAUCUCCGAAUCCCUCUGAUGUGGAAGGACACGGAGUACUUUAAGAACAAAGGAGACCUGCACCGCUGUGCUGUCUUCUGUCUGCUGCAGGUGGGGGCUGAGAUCUACGACACAGACAUGGUGCUGGUGGACCGAACACUUACAGACAUCUGCUUUGAAAACGGCAUUGUCUUUAGUGAGGCAGGCCCUGGGUUCCAGUUGAAGCUCGACCUCUACAGCUGCUGCACGGAGGAGGAAUUCUCAACGGGCAGCACGCCCAAGAAGCUGGCGAGCAAGCUGAGCAGCUCCCUGGGGCGCUCGUCAGGGAAGAAGGUGCGGGCCACGCUGGACCUCGGGGGGGGCAGUCCGGUCAGCAAUGGGGGGGGCAGCCCUCUGCUCCUCCCUGCACCCACUGUGCCUGGUCCGAAGUACCACCUCCUCGCUCACACCACACUGACCAUCACUAAUGUCCAGGACAGCUUCCGAACGCAUGACCUUACCAUCUCCGGCAAUGAGGAGUGCUCCUUCUGGCUGCCUCUCUAUGGCAGUGUGUGCUGUCGUCUGGCCGCCCAGCCCUUGUGUAUGACCCAGCAGAUGAUGGCCGGCUGCCUCAAGUUCAAGCAACAGGUGGGAGAUCAUCCAAACUGGACAAAGAUCUAUGCCGUCUUGAAGGGAACAAACCUCUUCUGCUACAACCGGGCGGAGGAUGUAGAGGCCAAAGUGGAGCCUGCCUUCACCAUCGCCAUCAACAAGGAGACGCGGAUCCGUGCGACGGACAAGGACCCCCAGAGCAGGCUGCAGAACAUCUCCAUCACCAACAAGUACGGGAGCGAGGAGGUCGUGCACACCCUGGUGGCAGAGAACCACGAUGACACCCAGCGAUGGAUGCAGGCCUUCUGGCAGCAGUUCUACGACAUGAGUCUGUGGAAGCAGUGCUGCGAUGACAUCAUGAAGAUCGAGAUGCCUUCGCCACGGAAACCCCCGGCAACGAUAUCCAAGCAGGGCUCCCUGUACCACGAGAUGGUUAUUGAUUCCUCCGACGAUAUUGGCACCGUCACGGAUAUCCUGACCAGACGGAUUCAAGACUUCGACGCUCGCCGCAACCUGGAGCCUCCCCCUCACUGGGUGGCGCUGUUCGACGGGCCCCACCAUCGGCACCACAUCGUCCCCUCCUCCUCGGACAGUGACAGCGCCUACAGCACCAGCCCCUGUUCCCAGCAUCGGCCUUGGCGAGCACGCCCCCGCACCCUUUCCCUUGAUGCCAAGCUGAGCAGCCUGAAAAACCGGGGGCAGGCCUGCAGCGAGCCCCCUGCCCGGCCUCUCAUGGGGCUGUCCUGCACCAACUCCGCCUCCACCUCCAGCAGCAGCUCCAGCGAGGGCAGCUCCACCCCCGAGUCCGACAGCGCCCCCUUCUCUCGGCCCACACCCGCCCGCCAGAGCCUGCUCAACCUCUGCACCAAGCUGGACCCCAGGAGCUGACUGCAGAGCCCGGUCUAGCCCCUCAGUGAUCCAGACUGGGGAUCUGAGCUAUCCACACGACCACAGCCUGCCUGGUUUAGUAGACUACCAGAACCACUCGCUUUCAAUCCACCGUGCUUUCAGCUACUGGAUUUCAAAUACCUCGUUUCCUGAAGGGCUACACUGCAAAUAUCAGACUUUUUUAUUUAUUUUUUAAUUUUUUUUAUUUUAAUGUUUUUUCUCAUAUUGCUAUUAUUUAGAAUAUGCAACUGAAAUGACCUUCACCAAACCAGCAUUGGGGAUUUGGGAACACAACUGGAAGAAACGUCAUUAUGUUACAUGAA